GAUAUCGGAAACUCCUCGGAACUUCGCGUUCUUAUUCGCAAGCUAUUCUCUCCGGUGAGAGCGAUGGGUGGACUAUUAUACAAUGUGCUCCAGAAGGCCGUGAUCCCAGAGUACACUUCAUGGCUUCACACUGCUGGGACAAUGGUGGUGGCGUUGCUUAUUUACUGGUUCUUUGGUGGUACACGGCUCCACAAAUCGAAGCAUCCCCCUGGUCCUUCGAGCCUUCCGCUAUGGGGUAACUUGUCUCUGAGAAGCAACAAUUCUUUGUAUCGAAAAUGUAAGGAAUACUGCAAAAUCUACGGACCCGUUUUCAGGGUGAAGACUGCAACAGCUAAUAUAGUCAUCCUGAAUGACUGGGCGCUCAUCAGACAAUUCUACUGCGCCGAAGAUGAACGCAGCAAACCUCGGCAAACUAUAUUUUAUGAAGUUACACAGGGCACCAUGGGUAUGGCUAAUCUCAACGGUGAAGCGUGGACGGAGAAUAGAAAUUUCAGUCUCCGAGUGCUCCGAGAUCUGGGCUUCGGAAAAACACCGAUGGAGGAGAAUAUCAAGGAGGAAUUGUUGAACCUUAUCAACAAAAUAGAAGGAGCCAAAGAACGUGCUGUUCCGGUUUUCGAGUUCAUCCUUUCAAGCACGCUCAACGUUACCAGUCUUUUUUUGUUUGGAAACAAAUGUGUUUUAAACGACCCGAAGCGCGGGAACCUUGUCAAACACGUCGACAAAUUUUCGGAGUUACUUCAUUUCGACUCGAUAAUCGAAUGCAAACCCCAAUGGCUAAGCCGACUUGAAGCCAGCCUGCCCUUCACUAGAACGGGGGCCAUGAGGAGAACCCGUCAGGUGCUUCUGGACUUUAUCAGGGACCGGAUUAAAGAACAUGAAGAUACGAUAGAGGCGGACUUCAACCGAGACUUCAUUGACGGCUACCUCAGGAUGGUGAAGAAACAUCAGCAUGAUCCCAAUUCAGCGUUUCAUGAACGCCAUCUCCUGGGCAACACCGCUGAGCUCUUCUUGGGCGCCGCGAGCAAUGCGCCAUCCCUGAUCCACUGGCUGCUGCUAGUCUGUGCGCAGAAUCCGGACAGGGUGCAGGCCAGGAUUCAGAAAGAAGUCGACGACGUUGUUGGUCGUCACAGACAACCCACGUGGGAGGACCGCAAGGCGAUGCCCUUCACCAUGGCCAGCGUACUUGAGAUAACGCGUUGGAAGGUCAUGAUACCCAUCGGUAUGCCAAGAGGAGUACAAGAAGACACAUCCAUCGGCAAGUACUUCAUUCCGAAAGGAACUAUGGUUCUGGCGAAUGUUAUGGGAGUACACAGAGACCCAGAGCUUUGGGCAAAUCCUGAUGAUUUCGAUCCAACAAGAUUCUUGACAGCCGAUGGAACUGAACUCUCAAAGAAGCCAGAAUACCACAUCGCAUUUUCGCUCGGCAAAAGAAAUUGUCCCGGAGAGAUGCUAGGGAACGUCCAAAUGUUCCUGUACCUGGCAACCCUGCUGCAGAAGUUCAGCGUGCUUCCCGUAGAAGGAAGACCCCUGCCCGAUCUAGGCUGCCUCACCACAACGUGCUCUCAUCCUUCUGUGAAGGAGUUGCGCUUUGUCUCCCGCCAGUAACCGCGGCAAGAAGGUGCGGAGAGGCAUAUUAGGAAAAGAAUGUGGAGGAUGUGAACCUGUCCGAUUUCUGCACAUUGAUGGGCGCAAUUUCACUGACGUCAUAUCGACUGGUUUAGGGAGGGGAAGAGAGGAAAGGAGUAGUAAGCGAGGGAGUUGUAGGUAAACACGUUUUAGUGGUUCACGCACUAGCCUUUAUAGUUAAUUCCUAGAUUCGCUUAACGGAUAAGCGUAGGCAAAUCUGGGAGCGGGCUAAAGGUUAGCGCGUGAAUCACUCUCUUGCCCCAUAAACCAGGUGAUGUGACAUCCAUGAAAACGGCUCAAUCACAGAGCCGAAAUUGGCCGACGUACUUACCACACAAACUUGUUUUGAAACCGCUACCGGAAUGCUUCAUACCUUUGGCAAAGCUUUACGUGUUUUCACAUAUCCAUCAUCAGCCGUGUUCGAAGCGUUCACCGGUAAUAUGAUUGUUCUAAGUAUAUAUCACGUGAAGUCGUGACUUUUGCUGCCCUGGUAUAAACAUUUCGAUCACGCGGCAGAUGCUAUAAAUUGUUGGACGGGCGGAGUGUCACUUUCCUUCUAAUAAACGUGCAUUUAUCAAGUUCAAUAAUGGCUGUAUGAAAUAUAAUCAAACUACUAA